GUUUGCAUUAUAGGUGCAUAUCCGGACGAACAAUCCGUUUGUGAGCGUCGAUGCGGUGCAGUUCGUUUCGCCGCCCUUCAAUUCGCUCUGCUCGCAUUGCUUGUCGUAUCGCUAUCGGGUGUAUCGUAAUCCACCAUUCCCGGAUGGCUUCGUGGAUACAAAUAAUCAUUAUUUAGUGGACAGCAUGAACGUAUGCGGUGAUGGGAUCAAGGGUAGCGACGAGCAGUGCGAUGAUGGAAAUUUGUAUGAUGGCGAUGGAUGCUCGCAGCAAUGCACUGUUGAGGAGAAAUUUAACUGCAUUCAAGAAAACAAAUGUAUGCUUUUAUUUUCCAUGCAAGUUAUUCGGUUUGCAGUUUCACCGAGUCUUUGCUACAUUUAUGAGGGUGAUGGCGAAUGCGAACACUUCGAGCACGAUCGUAAGAGCCGAGACUGUAGCAGUGUUAGCUCAGCGAAUCAUCGACAGUAUUAUCCCACUUCCGUUUAUGCCUAUUCAUCGAUACUUCGGAAGAACUGCUCACUGCAGAUGCUUUCGUCGGCUACUCUCACUUUGGUAAGUUUUUUCUCCAAGAUUUUUUUGAAGUAG